UGCCAGUCCCUGAGACAGGGACAGAUUCGGCAUCAAGCUGCCGGUUUGCUGCUGGCUGAGCUCACGCGACUGCAAAAAUAUACCAGGACUGCAAAAAUAUACCACUGAUGCUUUUCUCCUGCAAAAAUGACCCCCGCUACGGCCCCUCUCCCCGACAGGUCCUACCUGGGGACUGUGCAAAAGAACGGGCACAACUCGGUGCAGGGACAGGCGCCCGCCCUGGAGCUGGGGGCACGGAGCAGCCGGCACUGCCACACGCAGGGGGGCGACGGCCACCCCGGCCAGCAGCAGCGGGCACGCAGGAAGCUCUACCUGGCCGCCAGCAUCUGCCUUGUCUUCAUGGUGGGGGAAGCUGUGGGCGGGUACCUGGCGCACAGCCUGGCCAUCCUGACGGACGCAGCCCACCUCCUGACGGAUUUUGCCAGCAUCAUGAUCAGCCUCUUUGCGCUCUGGGUGUCCUCACGUCCCCCCACCAAAACCAUGAACUUCGGCUGGCACCGGGCAGAGAUUCUGGGGGCCCUGCUGUCCGUGCUCUCCAUCUGGGUGGUGACGGGCGUCCUGGUCUACCUGGCUGCCCAGCGCCUGAUCUCGGCCGACUACGACAUCGAGGGCAGCGUCAUGCUCAUCACCUCCGCCUGCGCCGUGGCCGUCAACAUCGUGUACGUACAGCCGGCUCUCCCCAUCCCUCCACCCCGCCGAGUGUCCCCCACCCUGUGCCCGCUGGCCCCAGGGAUGUCACCGCUGCCCUGCUCUGCAGGAUGGGGGUGGCCCUGCACCAGACGGGGCACGGGCACAGCCACGGGGCAGGCGGCGAGCAGCCCAACGCCAGCGUCCGCGCCGCCUUCGUCCACGUCGUGGGGGACCUGCUACAGAGCGUCGGCGUCCUCGUCGCGUCCUACAUCAUCUUCUUUAAGCCUGAGUACAAAUACGUGGAUCCCAUCUGCACCUUCCUCUUCUCCGCGCUGGUGCUGGGGACGACGCUGACCAUCCUCCGCGACGUCCUCCUCGUCCUCAUGGAGGGCACCCCCAAAGGGAUGGACUUCAACGCCGUGCGGGAGACGCUGCUGGCGGUGCAGGGGGUGGAGGCCGUGCACAGCCUCCACAUCUGGGCGCUGACGGCGGCGCAGCCCCUGCUCUCGGUGCACAUCGCCAUCAACGCGGGCGCCAGCGCGCAGGAGGUGCUGGAGGAGGCCAGCUCCCGGCUGCAGGGCACCUUCCGCUUCCACACCACCACCAUCCAGGUGGAGAGCUACUCCGAGGAGAUGCGGGACUGCCGGGAAUGCCAGCCCCCCCGCGACUGAGACAC